AUGGAUGUCGCAACUCGAUUUCAGGCUCGUGCACGCGCGGGCUCCUUGUUCGAUCGGGAUGGCAACUUCAUUGGCGUCGGCGCCGCCAGUGCUGAUGCCGCCGACUCCAGCCCGGCCCGACGCAAUCCUCUCCGCACCGCCACCGAUCCUGCUCCCCCUUCUCCCCCAGAUGGCCCUUCCUUUCGCAAACCCUCAAUGCCCGCCUCUGCCGCCCGAGGCCCCCAGACCAUGGAGCAUCGCCUCCCGGUGAACUCGGAGCAGAGGAGACGAAGUACUUUCCAACGCGAGAACGUCCGCGUCCCGAGCGGUCCUCGAGACUUCCCCAGUCCUGGCAAGCAGAGGAAAGUGAGUGCUAAUUCGGUAACGGCGUCCGUUGGUGACUCGACCAAUACCAAUACCUCUCGCCCUCCAUUGACCUCAUCCACUUCCGACUCCAUCUACUACGAUGCACGCACUGCACCUGCCCUCCCUCACCUCGGCUUCGCCAACCCCGCUACUGCCAAAGACUCGCUCGACUAUUCCUCCACCUCCACCACCACCCCAUCCACCGACGACGGUGGCGCUUUCCUGCCCGACCUCAACUUCGACGACCUGCAGACUGGUAUCAAGACCACGAAUAUCAAGAAUUACGCCGCCAAUGGACCUCCGUUACUGGGAGAUCUCAAUGUCUGGGCGGCAGAGAGAACGAAAGCCGAUACCCAUGAAAGGACAGCCCGUGGCGGGCUUGCUGCCAGGUCGGAGGCCCGGCCAGAACAACCACCGAGGGGUGAGAUAAGCCGCACGUCAAGUUUGAGACAGCGCUUGGCUAGUGGCAGACAACCCCCAGCACCGCAGCAGAGACCGGGCAUGGCCUCUUCUCAGCCGAGGGAUGAGUCGUUGAAGCUUCGCCGACAGACUUCGGUCUCGCGGUCUCCGGGUCCGCAAGGGCCUCUUCCAGCAUUGCCGUCUUACAGACAACCCAGGAAGAGUAUGGGCCCGGGAACCACCGCAGGCGUGUCCAAGAGCGGCGGAAUCCAUCCAGCGCCUCCUCCAUCGAUGACCACCGCAUCGUUGACAGCCGACACCCACCCGAAGCCGACAUUGUCGCGUAACGCGAGUUUGACUCGCGCCGCCACACAGUCACGGCAGACGAAGGGUAGAAGCCUACAGCCGCCACCUCCGGAACAACUCGACUUGGCCAGCACACCCUCGGGCGUGAAGUCGUCUUCAAACUCCCACCAGAACCGAUCAAACACUCCCUCCUCCUCCGCCAAUAAACGUCAGUCUACGACACAGAACCGCGCUCCCUCCGGACUAGGAGCUCGUACCAUCAGCCCAACAGAUGCACGGAGAUUGAAAAGAAUGAGCAUGAUGAAUCCUCCACCUAUGCCAUCCUCGGCACAGCGGCGCAGGCCAACUCCGAACCCCCCAGAAGACAUGCCUCCCAAGCCUGAUUCCACGAAGGACAAGCGAUCGCAGAACUUCGUCCACUCGGGCGUCCCCAGAAGCGCGAGCGGGCGGAGUGAGUUUGAGCUCGAAAUCUAG